AAAAUAUUUCAUGUAUAUUUGUUACGUAUAUAAAUAUUACCAAAUAAAGUUAAUACAUUUGUCGAAUGUACGUUCAGUGUUUACUGAGAGCGUUUGCCCUGUAAGUAAUUCAUCUUUUAAGCAAAUUCAACAAUAAAUCACAAUAUCCAAAAAACUAACAUAUGGGCAUUUUGUUUGUUUCUUAUAAUGGAAAUUAAAAAUCAAGUGGCUUUAGUGACUGGCGCUGCAUCUGGAAUAGGUUAUGCUUAUACCAAGAGUUUACUUGAAAACAAUGUUAAGGUAGCAAUUUGUGAUAUAAAUAUUGAGAAAUGUUACGCUACCGCAAAAAUUUUAGCUCAAAAAUAUGACAGCAAAAAUAUUAUUGCACUUCAUUGCGAUGUUACAAAAGAUGAAUCAUUUGAAAAUGCAUUUAAAAAAUGCAUAGACCAAUUCAAGCGUUUAGAUAUUGUUAUAAAUAAUGCCGGAGUAUUCGAUGAAUCAAUGGAAAACUGGAUAUUAACAAUGAAUAUCAAUUAUGGAGGUGUAGUUAGAGGAACUAUGCUAGCAAUUAAAUAUAUGAGUACUUAUUAUGGUGGUAAUGGCGGUACUGUUGUACAGACAUCAUCUAUUGCUGGCCUGAUGGAAAAGUACCACAUGGCACCUAUGUACAGAUCAACAAAAAGAGCUAUUAUAGAUUAUUCUCGAGCUGUUGGCGACCCAAGAUCUUUUAAAUAUUUAAAUAUAAGAGUUAUGACAAUAUGUCCUGGUAUUACGGAUACACCAUUAAUGAAUGAAGAUCGUAGUAAUUUAUAUUUAAUUAAGGAACAUUAUACUCAUUACAAGGAAAACACUAUAAAACUUCCAAGACAAACUCCAGAUAAAUUAGGAAAAGGUUUGAUUGAAAUAUUGAAACAUGGAAAAACUGGAGAUUGUUGGAUAGUAGAAAAUAAUGAAGAACCACGACUAGCAAAUAUACCUGAUAUACCUUAUUAAAUGUUAGCAUAUAUUUAAAACUAUUUUAUUUGUAAGUAUUUUUUAGGUAAAAUAGAAUUAUAAUUAAAAAAUAUAUAUCUAAUAUCAAUACCUAAUGAAACAAUUUUGGAGUUAAAAAUAAUUUUAUUUUGAAGACUUAAUAAUGAUUAAUACCAUAAUACAGCGCAACGGUAGUGAUGUAAAUCUAAAUUUAAAAAAAUGAGAAUAAUAUUGUACACAAACAGAAUUUGGCUAUUGAAUACGUGUACAUUUAAACACUUUUUUUAGCCGAGCCUACAGGUUUAAUAAAUCAACAGAUAAUUAAGUUUGUAGUACAUAAAUUCUAUCAAUAAAUCGGGCAUAAAAUGCA